AUGUCUAAUCGUGGUAUCAAGCUUCACGCCCAGUUCGGGAUCUUGCCCCUUAAGGACUCCAACAAUACUUGUCUUGUCCUCCCAGUCUGCUGGCUACAGGGUAAGGUCUAUGGCAUCCGGAUGAGAAACACCGGUGGGGCUUGUUUCGUUCGACAGGACGCCUACAGCUUGUUCCGCGUCGGGUCCCGGGAGUUGGCACAUAGGCUUGUGUUUGAACCGUAUCUCCUGACGGAAAUUCCGCCGGAGAAGGAAGGGAAAACGAUCGUUUUGAAGUCCCGCGAGCGCGUCUUGCAGGUCGUGAUGCCACAGAACCUCAAGAUAUUUUGGCGCUGGCCGUGGCAACAAUGGGACGAGCAGGACGCAGUGUUCUUCGGACCCGAGAGGUCGUCAGAGGACUUGGGAUGGGCAUCAGUCAAGGUCGUCGCCUGGCCAGACCCCUCCUUCUUGAACGGCCCCGAGGCGCCAACCACCGUCAGCUUUCUCUUCUACGCCCUUGGCUGGGCGUCGGACCCUACGAUAGGAUCAUUGCCAUGGUGCACCGUCCACAGGGUGCGAGGGACGGCUGAUGCCCGUGCCCUAGAACAGAUCAACAACGACGCGGUCAGGCACUGUUGGAAUGCGUACAGGCUCUCCAACCGGCUCUCGAGCAACAGUGUCUCCGAGCAGCCCUUUGCAGUGGCGGGUGAGACGGAGGAGGCCGCUCUGCUCUUGGAAUACGACAUCAGCUGCGUAGAAGACGCGACAAAGUGCUUGAACCCCUUCUGGAGGGUUACUUUUUCAUGGCGCCAGGUUCAUAGGGGCCAAAUCCCGAUGGCAUCAAAUCGGAAUUGGGCUGAUAUCAAGGGACAUUCCUUCAUAGACCAUCCGGUGGAUGUUGUGGAAGACUGCAGGCUACCAUAA